UGACCCCGGAAGUGGCGCGGGAAGAGGAUGCUGAUGCUGGAAUAAACAUGGCGGCCCGCGGUGGUGGGGCUGCGCUGUCGUGGACUGCGGUUGUGCUGGGGCUGGUGCUGCUCUGGGCGGGCCCGGCCGGCGCCCGCGUCCAUCAUCUCACCCUCAAAGAUGAUGUGAGGCAGAAAGUGCACCUGAACACGUUUGGCUUCUUCAAGGAUGGUUUCAUGAAAGUUAAUGUCAUCAACCUUUCAUUGAAGCCACCUGUGGGCUCUGAUGACAAGAAUGGUUUAUCAGUGGGGUUCAGUUUGGAUCGAACAAGGAAUGAUGGGUUCUCCACUUACCUGGAUGAAGAAGUGGAUUACUGUAUCUUGAAGAAGAAACCAGAUCAAGAUGUCUCUGUUGUAAUCUUACUUCUGGACUUCAAAACGGAAGCUGUGAAAGUACGGUUCUCUGCAGAAGCUUCUUCUUUGUUACCAAAAAUUUCGUUCAUGCCUGGGGAAAAUGUUACUGCCUUAAAUAGCAAGCCACUAAAAACGUCUGAACAGAGCAGUGAUUCUGGUAAAAGUGCUGCAAAGAGCAACGAAAAUACAGACAGCAAAGAUAAGAAGUCCAAACGAAGUACAGCAUCUUCCCAGAGCAUAGUAGAACAAGAACAUGCUGUUCACAAUGACAGAGGAACUUUUUCAUUUCAGUUUUUAUUUAACAUCAGCUCUGAUAACCAAGAAGGUCUCUACAGCCUAUAUUUCCAUAAAUGUGUUGGCAGCGAUGGGCCGACUAAUGAUCAGCAGCUAUUUAGUCUCGAUAUAGAAAUCACGGAAAAGAAUCCUGAAAGCUACCUUUCAGCGGGUGAGAUCCCACUGCCAAAACUUUACAUUUCCAUGGCUAUCUUCUUUUUCCUGUCUGGGACUGUAUGGAUCCACAUACUUCGUAAACGCAGAAAUGAUGCCUUUAAGAUUCACUGGCUAAUGGCAGCCCUCCCUUUCACAAAAUCUCUGUCCUUAGUCUUCCAUGCGAUCGACUAUCAUUACAUUUCUUCUCAGGGUUUUCCUAUUGAAGGCUGGGCUGUUGUUUAUUACAUCACUCACCUACUGAAGGGUGCUCUUCUGUUCAUCACUAUCGCCCUUAUUGGCACAGGCUGGGCUUUCAUUAAACACAUCCUGUCAGAUAAAGACAAAAAAAUCUUCAUGAUUGUCAUCCCACUUCAGGUACUGGCAAAUGUGGCAUAUAUUAUCAUAGAGUCAACAGAAGAGGGGACAACUGAAUAUGGAAUGUGGAAAGAAAUCCUCUUCCUGGUAGACUUGCUGUGUUGUGGAGCCAUCCUGUUUCCAGUGGUAUGGUCAAUAAGACAUUUACAGGAAGCUUCAGCAACAGAUGGGAAAGCUGCCAUUAACCUAGCAAAGCUGAAGCUUUUCAGACAUUACUAUGUUAUGAUUGUGUGUUACAUUUACUUCACACGGAUCAUUGCAAUUCUCAUAAAGAUUGCUGUUCCAUUCCAGUGGAAAUGGCUGUACCAGCUGCUGGAUGAAAUGGCCACACUUGUGUUCUUUGUCCUCACUGGGUACAAGUUCCGUCCAGCAUCAGACAACCCUUAUCUACAGCUUUCUCAAGAUGAUGAGGAUGACUUGGAGAUGGAAGCUGUGGUGACGACUUCUGGAAUAAUGGAGGGUAUGAAGAAGGUCAAGAAAGUGGUGAAUGGUUCAGCAGAGCCCCAGGGCGAGUGGGAAAGCACGGCAUGAUGGACUGGACUAGGGCAAUACUUUCAGAGAAACUUUUUUUAAUUUAUUAAUAUUACUCUCAGUGGAAAGGGAGCAACUAGCACUUCCCAACACUGAAACUGCAGAGUGGGGUGUGUCUCGGGGGAGCAAAGCAGUGCAGAAAUAUAACUAUUCCUCUGAUCAUAAGAAAAUGGGGUCUCUUGGUACCUGCAAGGAGCGUGAAGCUUUCCUAGGGAUUUUGGGUAGCUUAUUCUUUUUUUUUUCCCCCUUUCUGGAUCGGUUAAGUAUUCUGAAUUGUUUGCGGUUGCGUUCUUCAGAAUGUGUAAUGCUAAUGUGAAGAGAGA